UUCCGAAUGCUAAUCCCCAGUGAUUAUUCACCUUAUUAUGUCCGUCAGAAACAUGAGACAGAAACCAUUGCAACUUCAACGAAUUUUGAAAUUCAUUGCUUGUCGUGCUUUAUCUCAGUCCCACCUGGAGAGAACUAUAGCAACUUCGUCUUCUUAUUCUUCUUCUCCUCUAGCUCAAUUGAAUCCAACACCUCAUCAUCAAAAAUCUUUCUUUGAAUCAGAAUACAAGAACGGGCUUGUAAACCGGUUGUGUAAAGACAAAAAAUUCAAAGAAGCCAUAGACAUUCUAUGCCAACAGAAGCGUUUGGAAGAAGCAGUUAGAAUACUAGAUCAUGUCGAUCGUCCCUCUGUUUCUAUAUAUUCAGCUCUUUUACAACUAUGUCUUCAACAACGAGCUCUAGGAGAGGGGAAAAAGGUUCAUGCUCAUAUCCAAGCCUCCGGUUUUGUACCCGGGAUUUUUAUUUCCAAUCGCCUUAUUGACUUGUAUUGUAAAUGCGAGAGCCUUGUUGAUUCCCAGAAAGUGUUUGAUGCAAUGGGUGUUAAGGACUUGUGUUCUUGGAAUAUUUUGAUAUCUGGGUAUGCGAAAAUGGGACAACUUGAUGAAGCUCGGAAAUUGUUCGACGCAAUGCCCGAAAGAGAUAAUUUUUCUUGGACUGCAAUGGUCUCGGGUUACGUUAGGCAUAAUCAUCCUAAUGAAGCGUUAGACUUGUAUAGAGUGAUGCAGAGGAGUGAGAGUUAUAAGGGCAAUAAGUUCACAACUUCUAGUGCUCUUGCUGCUUCUGCUGCCAUUCAGUGUUUACCUCUCGGAAAGGAGAUUCAUGGUCAUAUAACGCGAACUGGAUUGGAUUCGGAUGCAGUGGUUUGGAGUGCAUUAUCGGAUAUGUAUGGAAGAUGCAGGAGUAUAGAUGACGCUAGGUGCAUAUUUGAUAGAACAUCCGAUAGGGAUGUUGUUUCAUGGACGACAUUGAUUGGUAGGUACUUCGAAUGUGGGAGGUGGGAAGAGGGAUUUUUGUUGUUUUCAGACUUGCUGAAGUCAGUAAUUAGACCCAAUGAGUUUACAUUGGCUGGUGUUUUAAAUGCAUGCGCAUAUCAAACUGCAGAGGAAAUGGGUAAGCAGGUUCAUGGGUACAUGAUGCGAACUGGGUUUGAUCCAUUUUCAUUUGCGGCUAGUGCCCUUGUUCAUAUGUACUCCAAGUGUGGUAACAUUGAGACUGCACAUAGGGUUUUCAAAUGGAUGCCCCAACCAGAUUUAGUUUCAUGGACUUCCUUGAUCAAUGGAUAUGCUCAGAAUGGUCAACCCCAUGAGGCUCUUAAGUUAUUUGAGAUGCUGCUAGAAUCUGGUACUCAGCCUGACCACAUUACUUUUGUUGGUGUUCUUUCUGCUUGCACUCAUGCUGGUUUAGUGGAUAAAGGGCUCGAAUAUUUUUACUCAAUAAAGGAGAAAUUUGGAUUAUCGCAUACUGCAGAUCACUAUGCAUGUGUGAUUGAUCUAUUGAGUCGAUCUGGCAGAUUCAAAGAAGCUGAAGAUAUAAUCAAUAAAAUGUCCAUGAAGCCUGAUAAGUUUCUAUGGGCUUCUUUACUUGGGGGUUGCAGAAUUUAUGGAAACAUUGACCUGGCAAAACGAGCAGCCGAAGCAUUGUUUGAAAUGGAGCCUGAGAAUGCAGCUACUUAUGUUACACUUGCCAACAUCUAUGCCAAUGCUGGAAGGUGGGGUGAAGUAUCAAAAAUUAGAAAGAUCAUGGAUGAUAGAGGAGUGGUAAAGAAAGCGGGUUUGAGUUGGAUUGAGAUUAAGAGAAAAGUCCAUGUGUUCUUGGUUGGAGAUUCAUCCCACCCCCAAUUCAAGGAAAUACACGACUUUUGGGGGGAGCUUUUUAAGAGGAUGAGGGAAGAAGGAUAUGUCCCAGACACAGACCAUGUGCUGCAUGAUGUUGAAGAGGAGCAAAAGGAGCAAAAUCUUUCCUAUCACAGUGAAAAGCUUGCAGUUGCAUUUGGAAUCAUUGCUACUCCGCCUGGUACUCCAUUAAAGGUUUUCAAGAAUUUAAGAACUUGUGUUGAUUGUCAUACUGCAAUUAAAUUUAUCUCAAAAAUUGCUGAAAGAAAAAUAAUAGUAAGGGACUCAAGUCGAUUUCAUUGUUUCGAGGGUGGGAUCUGUUCGUGUAAAGACUAUUGGUGAUUCUGACCACAAUCAAGAAGUCCAGCAUAAUUGCAGAAAGAGAAAAUGAGAAAUUUAUUUGGUAAGAUGGGAGUUUUCCAACAACUUUGUAUCUUCAGAGUGGAGCAGGUUGGAAGCUUGUCCAGCUCUUCAACAUCAGUUGGAAAUUCCUUGCUUGAAUAGUGGACUAGGUUGAUGAAGAAAGGUGUGCCAUCAAACCCCCAGUGUCUAAGUUAACGGUAUUUUAUUGAACAUCCUUAAGAUGAAACAGGAGGCUACAUAUAUGAAGCUGCAAAGCUGUAAUGAAAGAAUGGGAUGUUGGUAACAUUCGAAAUGUCUGUCUUUGGGGAGGACAAUUUAUGUUGGUUGGUUAUGCUGAGUAAUAUAUUUACUGACUGUCUGUAUCAUAUGAUUUAGUUUGUGGCUUACAUCAUUUGUUAUUCUAGAGCUUGAGAAGACAAUAAGCAGAACCUCCUCACAGAUCUCAGGGAUGAGAAGACAAUUGCUAGUUUGAUGAGCAUAGAUGUGAUCAUGCAGUUAAUCUCUAAGGCUGCCAUACCACCAAUUUGCCUGUGUAACCUGGAAACUGUUGAUGACAUUGACAACCUGGACUCUGAUCCUGACCUUGACGUCUGACCGCAAUAAAGGUCCUAUGUGAAUCUGAUUGCAGUUGUGUCAAGGGUUGAAUUGAAGAAGAUUUUCGGGCUUAUGGCUCCUUUUAUUGCCUUCUGUAGGGAGGAGAUUUGAGUUUACUACUUUCUCAGAGGAUGGAAGCGGGAGUUACGACUUAUUGAAAUUUGAAAGGUCAGUUCCUGACCCAUGACAUACUCUCUGUCCAAGUCACAUAGUCCUCAAACUUACAUGUGGCCAAAAAGUGAGUUUUUAGUAUUGCUUAAAGCAUUUGGAGGCGGUCUGUUAGAUUUUUGCAAACUCGCGUGCAGAUACAUGUGGUAAGUACCAAUAUGAAAAAACCUGUAUAAUCGGAAUUUUUGAUUCAUUAAUGCCACGGAUAAUGAUGGCAGUAGCAACUGUCAUAUUAUACUUGAAGUUGAAGAACACAACAAGCAUCAGCAGGCAUAAACAUGGAAACGAAAUGUGGAGGAGCCAUAGAAGUAACAAAAAAAAGGAAAAAGUUCAGAUUGAGCACAGCCCUCCCUUGCCAGUUUGGUUGGCCUCUCUAUAGGCAUGUGUCCUGCGCGUCCCCAGGGAGCUACCUGCAGUCAUCAAUGAGAACAGGAAAUUUACAUUAGUAUCUGUUUUCCAAAAACUUUUAAACCCCCAAUU